AUGGGCAAUGGGUGCUUCAUGCUACCAGACCACUACCAUCCCAACAUCUCCUUGAUCCUCACCCUCAACCAAAUCCAACUCUACUUACAGCAUGAUGCAGACUUGCAUGGGGGAGCUGACCCUAACACCAUCCCCUCCCUGGUGGGCUAUGAUGAAUUUGCCAUCACCCUGAACAUGAAUGCAGGGAAUGGGAUCCAAGUCACAUUCAUUAACCCUGAGGGUGGUGAAGGUGUGCAUAUCACUGGUUGUCCCCCUGCUCUAGCUGAGACUGAGUUAAUGGAUGAGGCACUCUGGAAUAAUCUUGAGCACAUCAAGAAGCAGAGGCAGUGGAGAGAAAGGGGGGUAUCUGAGAGGUGGGCCAAAUGUCAGAGGAGAGAGGAUGAUGAGGCUAUGAAACCUUUCACACCAUCCAUGACCACCCACACUGGACCCUCCAGCACUUCCAACCCAGCAUCCAUUCCCAACACCACUCCUCCUGCUUCAUCCAUUACUCCUCCUAAACAACCUUCUCCUCUGGAUGGUAAUGAUACCAAGAUGGGCAACACCGAGACCACCAAUGAGGUGUGUGCAUCUAAGGGCAAAGAUCACAUGCCAAAGAAGUAA